AUGUCACCAGCCUCCAACACAACCUACCACUCUGCGGUUCCUCAUGAUCACUCCAAUACAGCCAUAACAUUGAUCCUAACCGUUUCUCUUUUUAUAAUUAUUAUUGUUGGUUUCCUCUCUAUAUACUUCUGUCAAUAUUUUCUUGAACGUCUUGGACAUUUUUUGAGUUUACAGCAGAGCCCUGCAGGCAAUCUAGUGGGACAAGGCGGCGCGGCUCCUGUCAAGGGGCUCGAUCCUGCUAUAAUAAAUGCUUUUCCUUCGUUUGUGUAUUCUACUGUCAAGGAAUAUAGAAAAGAGAAGUAUGGGUUGGAAUGUGCUAUUUGUUUGUGUGAGUUUCAAGAUACUGAUGUGCUUCGCCUCUUGACGUCUUGUUCUCAUGUGUUUCACCAAGAUUGCAUUGACCUCUGGCUCGGAUCUCACCAAUCAUGCCCUGUUUGUCGGAGAAUCCCUGAAGCACCGGUGACAGAUCAAUCACCAGACGAUGUUUCAAGGCGUAUGCAUGAUGACAUGUCAUCAGAACAUAGUGUUAGAAUUACAAUAGAAGAGGAUGAUCAUGAUCAUGAAGGCGAAAGCGAAGGGAGAAAGGAGAUUUCCCUUGACAGCAUUCAGGAGGCAAAUGAGCCUAGGACUUCUAAUGCAGGACAAACUGAGGAUCAAGAAGAAAACGAAGGAGAGAAAUUCAGCAGGUCUACAACAACAGGGCAUUCAAUAAUUAAGAAAAGAGAAGUGGAAGAAAACCAGCAUACAUUAAUGCUGCCAGAUCAUAUAAAUCUACCACCUUUGGGGAGUUUAGAAGCAAGACGAUUACUGAUCACGGUGGCUUUGGCGAGGUGUUGGAAUUAUCUCAGGGAGAUGGUCGCGUAA